AUGAAACUCUACGAAGGUGACUCCGACCCGACGGAGCACAUAAACUUUUUCGUGGGAGCCAUGCAGUAUGCCGGAGCCACUGACCCGAUCUACUGCCGCUGCUUUCCGAUGAGCUUGGGGAAAGGCCCAAUGAACUGGGUCCAAAACCUCCCCAACAACUCCAUUCACAACUGGGAAGGGGUCAUGUCAAGCUUCUUAGCCCAGUAUUCCUCGGUGAGAAACAUUCCGAAGUCUGAAGAAACGUUGGCCCUAAUCAAGCAGGGCGAGAAGGAAUCCCUGAAGGCUUUCCUUAACCGCUUCAACAAAGAAGCGGGAGACAUUCCGGACCUCCUCCCCCAAGUCCGCCUGAUCUUGGUACGACAGGCGCUCAGACCAGGCCCUUUCUUAACUUCUUUGGAUGGAAAGAAAGCCAGGACACUGGAGGAAUUUCAAACCCGGUCAGAGAAAUAUAUUAACAUGGAGGAAGCGGCGACAUUGAGGUCCACCAAUCAAAACCCAGGCCAUAAGCCCUCUGAGAAGACCGGAGACCCCGGCGAGACUAAGCGCGAUCGCGAGCCUCGGCGGAAGAGCCAGGAUGAGAAAAAGCAGAAAUGGAAGAACCCCGGUCAUAACACGGACGAGUGCCUGAACCUGAAAGACAGGGUAGAAGAACUAAUCAGAGUCAGGAGAUUGUCAAAGUACGUCGCCCUCUCCUCGGGCGACCUCCCUCGUCCACGUUCACCACCUCCCAGAAGGUCACCCACCCCGCCCAGGGCCCGUGCCCAGACCCCUCCCAGGAACCGAGCCCGCACACCCACUCGAGCAAGGAGCCCCCGUCAUCGCCGAAGUCCCGACCGACGCAGGAGCCCCGACCGUCGUAGAAGUCCGGAUCGACGUCGCUCUCCAGAUCGGCGGGACCACGAUGACGUACGAAGGCGCCACGAGACCAAUCUGGUCAGCGUCGGAUCGAUUGCUGGAGAAAGUACUCAUCACCUUCAUGGAAGCCUCGUGGUGGGCACCCGGGUCAUCAUGUCAGCAGGUGGGCGGCCUCGUCCUAGCUCCCUCCGGCCACCGCAGCAGAAAGUACCCAUCACCUUCACGGAAGCCGACUACGGCACAGACACCGGCGAGGAGGACGACCCGAUUGUCGUGGAGGCCCUCAUCGCAAACGGUAAGGAUGCUUAUAAAACCUUAGGCUUAUCGGUAAAAGACCUGAUCCCCUAUGACCACGAUUUGAUCGGGUUCACUGGGGACAGAGUUCUACCAUUAGGAUAUUUUGAUGCAUACCUCUCCCUAGGAGACCCUCAUGUUUGCAGGACUGUCAAGGCCCGAUUCUUGGUGGUGAAAUGCCCAACAGCCUACAACGCCAUAAUCAGCAGUCCAAGCCUCAAUGUCUACCGGGCCAUCGUCUCCACCCACCACCUGAUGUUGAAGUACCCAUGGGCCGGAAGGGCGGUUUUUGUACGCGGAAACCUAACCAUGGCCAGGGGGUGCUACAACUCCAGCUGCAGAUUGGCGCGAGCGGAUCGCAAGAGGAAAGAGCCCGACCACGGGAAAAGAGUCGAAAGCUUCCACCUCCGAGCAGGAGCAUGCUUGACCGACAUCGACCCGCGAGUGGACCAAUCCAGAGAGGAUCAGCGUCUUAAGCCGGAUGGGGAAGCACAACCUGUUCAGGUCGGCCGUGGCCCCGAGCAAACCACCAAGCUGGCCCGAGAUCUCCCUCAGGAUCUCUCAAACCGACUGGAGGCCCUCCUGAACAGUUACGGGCACUUAUUUGCCUGA